AGGAGCAGCGUUCUAUUUUGCGCACCAACGCUAUGACUUCUUCCAAGAUAAAGACCAACUAUGACGACUACUUGACAUCACCUAAUGGAUCCACACUUUGGUAUUCCGCUCCAGUUCCCCAGUGCCUUUGCUGCUGUACAUGGGCCUAUUCCCGUGGACCAGCACACUCAUGAAGGAAGAUAUAUUUGGGAUCCAAGACUGCACCAUCUCCAUCAUGGCCCAUCAAGCUUUCAAACAACCAACAGCAACUCCAAUCUGUCUGAGCUGUCAUUGCUUGCUCAAAGACGUGCCUCAGUUACUAGUGGACAUAUGGAUAGCCCGGUUCAUUUGCCUUAUCGACUCAGUCCAUACAUGGACCAAUUCUAUGGUCCAUUACCACCUGGACCACCACCACCACCUGUGCCUGGAUUGGGCUCUCUUGAGAGCAGAGAGUAUUUGCAGCAAAUGGCUGCAUUGGGACAAAGAUGCAUGCUGGGAGAUUGCAUUCCAAGCCCUCAUCAGCAUCCUGCGUGUGAAAAUUUCCUGGCAUCAGAAGGUUCCCACUUAGCAAGUCCUCGACCGGCCCCCAGGCAUGGAAGGAAGAGGGCCCUUUCCAAUUCUCCUUAUUUAUCAGAUUCAUAUGACAUAGGCUCCAUGAUUCGAUUCUCUCCCAAUUCGUUGGUAUCAUUCAUGAAUGGCUCAAGGAGUUCAAGUGCCAGUGGCUCAUAUGGUCAUCUCUCUGCAGGAACCUUGAGUCCAGCAUUUGGCAUGCCACAGCAAUCACCCCACUUUCACCACUUGAUGAGACAGGGUAAUCCAAUGAUAGUUCCUUCUGCUUUUGCACCUCAACCCCUAGUCGGCUCCUAUGGGUCUCAUCUUAUGUCUACCAAACUUGAGUGCAUGCCUGAUUCAGGAGGACGUGAAACUGCUUGUAAUGUUGUCAGCAGCACUGUUGAUGGGGAAGAUACUCAUCUAAAAAUUAAAAAAGAAGUUUGCCGCAGAGACGUUUUGAAUGAUGAUGAUAGGGACACAGUGGCUGAUUUAAAAGAUGAACCUGGGGAUUUUAUUGAAACAAAUUGUCACUGGCAUAACUGUGGAAAAGAGUUCCUUACUCAGGAUGAACUUGUUAAGCACAUUAAUGAUGAUCAUAUUCAUGGGAACAGAAAAUCUUUUGUUUGUCGUUGGAAAGAGUGCUCCAGAGAAGAGAAACCUUUUAAAGCACAGUACAUGUUGGUGGUUCAUAUGAGGCGGCAUACUGGAGAAAAACCUCAUAAAUGCACAUUUGAAGGUUGCUCUAAAGCUUACUCACGUCUGGAAAAUUUGAAAACUCACCUUCGAUCACAUACAGGAGAAAAGCCAUAUACUUGUGAAUUCCCUGGCUGUACGAAGGCAUUUAGCAAUGCAUCAGAUCGUGCCAAACAUCAGAAUAGAACACAUUCAAACGCUAAACCUUAUGCAUGUAAAGCUCCUGGUUGUACUAAACGUUACACUGAUCCAAGUUCUUUGAGGAAACAUGUUAAAACUGUGCAUGGUGCCGACUUCUAUGCUAACAAGAAGCACAAAGGAGGUGAAGGCAAAGAUGGUGACAAAAGUGAACCAACUGAAGAUCACCACACUGAUCCUAACAGCAUGGAAGGAAGUCCAAACUCAGAAGGCAGCAACAUGACUCAUCCGGGUAGCCUAUCAAGUCCCAGCAUUAAAUCGGAGGAUUCUCCUCGUACCCAAGAUGAACCUACUGAUGCUGCCAGUCCUCCCAUUAGUGACAAUAGCAUUUCAACUACCAGUGGGCAUGUGGAAACAGAUGCACUUUGGGAUGUUGCUGAUAUUGUCGAAGAAGAGGUUUUGGAAGAAAGCAUUGCUCUUGCACCAUGCUCAGUAGGUGCUGGCAAAAGUAAAGAAGAAGGAGGAAGAACUGCAAGGAGUAGACUGAAGACAAGAAUUCAAGCACAAUUGAAAUCGGCUAGUUCUUGGUUCCCUAAUCUGUUGCCUUCCAGGAGAGGUAAUGCAAACAGGAGGAAUAUGCCAAACAUAAUAGCACCUGUUCCGACCAACAUAAAUGAGUUGAAUGGCCUGCCACCUGUUACAGAAACGAAGAAUAAUCCAGUGUCUGAAAAGAAUCUCCAGAAUCAAGGUUCUGUACCAUGCACAACAGAUCUACAAAAACCAAACCGUCGCAAUAGUGGAAGUAGCAGCACUGUGAGUUCAUAUUACAGCAGUAUGCAGUCAGAAGCAAGUUCCCAACAACUCAGUACACACAGUGGUAAAUCUGUUGUCGAACAAACAAACAGUUUGCAAAUUCAAGGCUCCGUAUAUGAUCCCAUAUCAGCUGGCAGUUCAUGUGAUGGCAGUGAAUCUGGGGAACCAUUGCCAAAUGCUCUAACAACUCAUCUUCAAAGGUGUGCAAGGGCCUCAGCAUCACAGCAUUUGUCAAACACAAGCAAUUUAGUUGUUUUGACUCAGAAUGAAUCAUUAGCAUCAGAUAGUGAAGGGCUACAACAUGCAUGCAGGAAUGGACUGCCUUUGCCGAUGCAACAGCUCAUUGUAAAAGCUAAUUCUGCAAAUAAUGGCAAUAAUGCAAGACAAGUACCAUCUGUAUUGGCUGGUAAAGGACACCAUCCAAAUCAAGAUGUUGUUUUAGAAGAACUGGAAGAAGAUAAACCAAUUGAAGAAAACAAAGAUCUGAUACUACCAGAUGAAAUGGUGAACUAUUUGCAUGAAGUCGCAGAACAAAGCAUGAGACCCCCUUCAGUGAUAAGUGAAGCAAUAACGAGUGUAAGCAGAUAUGUUCCACCAAAGCCAUCAUCAAAUAAUAACCAUCAGCCAAAAAGUCCACAUAUUCCUAAUUCAAAUUAUGUUCCUCAGCAACAGAACUGUCCUCAGAACAAUCAGCAAAAUUGGCCUCCUUGCAGUCCUUGUUGUCAGAAUUCUCAUAACUCAUCCUGUACUACUCCUCAUUGCAUGCAUAAUCAUAGUAAAUAUUCUAAUGGUGUUUCACAGACAAUGCAGCCAUGCUGUUAUCCAAAUGGCUCCCAACAACAGCCUUUGCAAAGUUGCCAUAAUGUACAUAAACCCAUGCAAUCACACACUGGAUGUGUAAAUUCGAUGAGUAAUCCUAAUGUACAUAAAGUGCCUAACAAUCAUAAUGUGCCUUAUCAACAGUCAGUUAACAUUCCACCUAAUGCUAUGAAUACAAACAGUAAUUCUACUCAGAAUCAAUGCUAUCCAAUGAAUGAUUACUCACAACAACAAAUGUCAAUGUCUCAUUCACACUACAAUUCAUCACUAAAUUUUCCUCAUAACAAUAAUAUGCCACAGAAUACAUACUCUCAAAGUAACAAUUACAACCAAGGGAAUGGUCAAAUUAAUACUGCACCACCUGGCAAUUACAUGACGAAUAAUUCUAUUCAUUAUGGCAAUAAUAAUAAUCAGCAGUUUUCAUAUCCUAGUCAGGGUGGAAUGCAAUUUCAUGGAUAUAGACCAGCAACAAAUGUUUCAAAUCCUUGUUUAUCAGGAAAUGAAACUACUCCUUGUCCACCAACAAAUAUGUCUAAUUCUUGUUCAUCAACAAUUGUGCCUAAUUCUUGCCCACAAAUAAACAUGCAUAGUUCUUGUCUUCCAACAAAUAUGCCUAAUUCAUGUCAAUCAACAAAUGUGUCUAACACUUGUCCACAACCAAAUGUGCCUAAACCUGGUCCACCUCCAAAUUAUGCAUCAUAUAAUGCAAUGAAUAAACUUCCAAGCCAACAGAAUAUGCAUUAUAAUGGUGGAUCAGUUGCAAAUUCUCAUCACAAUUCAUCAUACAUUCAAGAUGUCAAUAUGAAUUCGAACUUGCAAGUUAUGCACAGUGAUGCAGCAAAUCAAAACAUGAAUUUCAAUUCACAGAAUAAUUCUUGCUUUGAUUCAAAUGUACCCCAAUGGUGCAGUAAUCAAUCAGAUUAUAGCACUUACAAUGCAAGCAAUUGUAUGCCUUACUCACAAGUGCCGACAAAUGUUCCACAAAAUCAAAAUAUGAUGCAUCAUCCAAACCAGCAAAAUCAGGCAUCUCAUGGACCUUCACAAAGUUAUGUUCCUGAAGUUCCUCAGCAAUGUGCCAUGCACAAAAUUGCAUAUGAAAGACAAUGUGCCAACUCAUGUUCUUACAAUCAAACAUAUGCACCAAAUGUUGAUCCUUCUCAUCCUGGACAACAGCCACAAAAUAUACCAAUGCAAUAUCCAAUGACACCAGCUAAUCAGUAUAAUGAUCAAAAGCCAGUAAACAAUCACAUGCCAAUGAAUACUGUUUCUAAUCAUACUGACUCCAUGUGCCAAAAUCAAUUACCAAACCUUUUACAUAAUGAUAAUAAUCAUUGUUGUAACCAUAAGUUAGGCACUUCUAUUCAAGCUCAACAUAGUGCUUCAAGUAUUAGUGAACAGGAUGAGAAAGAUUCUUCUGUUUCAGCAGUAGCUGCUAAAUCAUCUCACAGCUGUUCCACUACUGAUCAACGAGAAAUUCAAUGUCAAAAUGUGAGCCAAUCCUCUCUUUCUGGAGAGGCUUACCAACGAACUUUGAAGUACGUCCAACAGUGCCAAGAAAUGUUGGGGAAGCAACAAGCAUCCCCAGGAUGCAAUCGUGUAAGCAGCAGCACCGAUCGCCAGAGUCCCGCCAUCAGUCAUUCACCUUUGUUACAAACUUCAAAUAUGGUGAUAAACGAUCUUAAUUCAGGUCUUCACUCAUUGGUUGAAGAAACCAGAUAUUUACAACUGUUACAUUAAAUAGAAAAGUGUAAUUAUAUUCAUUUCUGGAAGAAUUAUGAUGAUCUGUUUUGCAUUCAUACAAAACUUAUGCUCGAAACCAGUUAACUGAAAAUUAUUGCAUACACUAUUUUUUACACAAUUGUUGAUUAUUUAAUGGUGAUACAGAGCUUAGAUAAUUGGAGCAAUGUUGAAAUUUUAAAAUAAAUAUUUAUUUUAUAUGACAUCAUUUUAAGUGCCUUAUCUUAACAAAUAAUUAAAUGCUCAGUGCCUUGUAUUUAAAAAUAAUAAUACACAGUAUAAAAACUUUGUAUUGUUCCUACUUAAGACCCAGUAGCCAAAAUGCUCCGAAUUAUUUUGCUAACUUUUUAUACACUGGUGAAACUUUUUGACAUGCCUCCAUUAUUUGUAAACUGAUUUUUAUAUUGUUAAUUGUAAUAUAAGUACUUAAUGUGCAAUUUACAUCCGUUCAUGUUAUAA